AUGAAGUUUCUUUCCCUGUCCCUGACUGGCGCGGCACUAGUGUCCGGUGCCUCUCUGAAAGAGGCCAGGCCCAAUGGCAAGACACCCCGAGCACCUUCGUGUCGGUUCGGCCUCCAGUGGUCUCAGCAAGAUGUUCUUGAGCGCACCGACGACUUUAUCUGGGACCUCCUCUACUGGGAGGGAAAAUUUCACCAGAAUGACGUUGCUUACAACGCGGAGAACGGCAUGUCGUACGACGGCACGCAGCUCGAUUGGGAGACUGGAGAGCGCACCCGCAAGCACGACUUUAGCGCAGCCAGCAAAGAGGCAUUGCAAAUCAUGCUAUAUGCCCAGGCUAUCGCGGGAUCCGAAGAGGCGGCGCGCUUCUUGACCCCGGGUAACCUUUCCUCCGCCCCAGCGUUCGCUGCCUCCAUCAUGGAAACCAAGCUCAAGUCCUACCAGCAAUUCAACCAGACUUAUCCUGGAUUUGGUGGGUAUUUGCCCUGGAUCAAGACCAAUGAGGCGCAAGUCACUGUCGCAGAUGGUUGGAAUGACCGAGUUCCCGGACUCGACAAUGGGGAACUUGUAUGGGCUGUUUACGCCUGCAUCGAAGCUUUGCAGAGGCACUUCGCGCCCAAUUUCCAGAAACUCGCAACUGGCUGGCAAGAAUGGCUCGACUACGUCGCGUCAACUGCGGCCGAAAUCUUCUACAUCGGCAAGGGCCGCGUCUGCGCCGUGACAGCGAUUGGUGAUCAGUCGCUUCCAGUAUGGCAUUCCAACCAAACCUACGACUGCGAGAGCGAAUUCUACCUUGACGACCCCUACGAGGGAGAAACUUUUACUUAUUUCCUCGAGUUCUUCGGCAAGAUGCCGAAGAAAGACAAGCACAAACUGUGGGAGUACAAGCGGGCCAAGUUAGAGAAGGCCGAAUACAACCAGGGCGGCAUUGGCCCCAUCACCGUUCGGAAAGGCUAUUGGUUCUCUAGCCAUGAGAUUUGGAACCAGAUGGAGCUGCCGUACUACGAUGUCGACAUUGUCCGUCGUCUGUUCUUAAAUGGUGAGCGGGCCCGCACUUGCAACUCGGUAGUUACAAAGUCUCCCGGUUUAUACGCAUCCGUCAACAACUCGACCGACCCCGAGACCGACACCAUCAUCGGAUACAUCUCGCCCGCUGGAAUCCCCUCUAUUGCCAGCCAGAAGGACCAGUAUCACGACGUGGUCACCCCUUAUGGUGCCUACCCCGUUGUUUUAUUCGACAAGGCCGUCGGCCUUGCGUGGUGGAGGAAUAUGGUCAUUGGCAAGAAGAUGCAGAAUCCCUACGGAAGUACUGAGUCGACCCAGAUUGAUGGUAAACUAGUAUCCGCUCUUGUUACGUGGGACAGCAAGGUUACCACCGUGGUUGCUCUCCUUGGUGGAGUGACAGACCUCGUCCGAGAUCGAAUGCGAUCGGAUGGCAUUUACGAGCGAUUCGUGGAAAUCACAAAGCGCGAGCAUGUCCGUGUAUUCGGCCACCAUUUGAAGGGCGAGGAUAUUGAUCUAUGCCUACCAGAAGAACAAGUUCCAGACGCAGGCCUUGAGGACUUUACUUCUUGUGAAGCGCAAUUCUGA